CCAGCUAUGGCCACCGUCGACGACCUAAUCCCCCUCAUUUAUCAUGAGCGACAAGAACCAGGCUCGAUGCUCUGUGCCCAGCAUGCUCUGAACGCUUUACUGCAGGGACACUAUUUAACAGCACCCGAUCUGUCUGCUAUUGCCGUGACAUUGGAUGAGGAAGAAGCACAGUAUGACGAGGCCAACCAUGGUCAUACCAGCACCAACAUGGAUGACACUGGUUUCUUCUCCGUCCAAGUCUUGGAAAGGGCUUUGCAGGUCUGGGGACUUACUCUGGUACGAUGGCGCAGCGAACGCAUGCGCCCGUUCCAAGAGCAUCCACACACCCAACUGGCAUUUAUUCUCAACCUGCAACAGCAUUGGUAUACACUACGGCGAUUUGGAGCGGUUUCGCCUGAUCCAUUCUCAGAAGCGGGUUCUGGCAUAGGACACUGGUUCAAUUUGAAUUCGUCCCUCGAGGCGCCAGAGUGGGUCUCGAAACUGUAUUUAGGCAUGGUGCUGCAGCAAGCUGAGGCUGAAGGCUACUCUGUUUUCGCCGUCGUGCAGGAGGACCCAGAACUUCCACUCUCCCUACCUCGUUCACCAGCAGAUCCCCUCGCAGCUACCAUUCCAAACCUGCCGUCUCACUCUGGCUCGCGUCCCUCGGCCACAAGAUCCAUAUCCCAGCCAGCCUCGCGCAAGCAGGAAUCAUCUUACGGCUUCGAGGACGAGGACAUGGAACUGCAGGCAGCACUACAAGCCUCGCUAAUGGCCGGCGGCGCGUACGAUUAUCAGCCUGCUAGUACUUACAUUCCUCCUCCAGCCUCCUCGUCCUCUGGACCAGGCGUACUGACGCCCACGCAACGUCACUCCCGCGCCGCGAACGCAGCACAGGUGGAAGAGGAAGAUGAUUCUGCGGAGGCACCCGAGACGUUCGACCCUGUCGCUGCAAGUAUGGCGCGCAGCCACGCGUAUAUGCAACGUAUGCAGCGGGAGCAGGAGGCGGCGCUGCGGGAGAGCUACCAAGGAGAGAUGGCGCGCGUGGAGUCCGCCACGGCGCGUCGUGGUACAGCGUACGCCCAAGAAGACGAUGAGGACGAGAUGUUCCGGCGCGCGAUGGCAGAGAGCGAGGCCAUGGCACGGAAUGCACAGGCUGCUGCACCGGCACUCGAAGAAGAAGAAGAUGACGAGAUCGAUAUCGACUACCACCCACCUGAGGAGCUCUCCCGGCUCAACCUCCCGCAGUCCGUGUCGGCGUAUCCACACAGAGUCUACGAUGACGAGGAUGCGGAGCUUCAGGCAGCGUUGAAGGCGUCGUUGGAGAGCGUGCCCGAGGGGUUCGUGAUACCUGACAGCCCUCCACAACGCGCCGGACCCUCGCUUCCUGCUGCGAGCGCUGCUGUAUCAGCGCCUACACCCGUUCCCGCCCCCGCGCCCAUACAACGGCAGCCCUCCACUGCAUCUGAGUCUGGAUUUGAGACUGAGACAGAAUCUGAGACGGAGCAGCCGCAGGUUGAGCAGCUAAGCAUGGAGGAAAUUAGAAGGAGGCGUCUGGCAAGGUUUGGCGGUUGAUACAGGUUCGAGGAAAUCGUCGCAUGAAUGUGUCUGAGAGCGAAGAACUAGUGCAAUUGUACUCUGUAUUGCAUGCAUUCCAUGUAUUGUUGCUACCAGCUUGUCUGCAAAUGAGGAAUGAGUUGAGACAC